AUGAGGACUGCUACAGAGAGCAUCCCAACACCACGAACCAGGGAAAGUCCUUUUGGCAGAUGUAUUAAGGGAGAGGAGCCCAUCAAUACAUCUGCAAAGAAGGGUGAAAAAAACAAGAAGAAAAAAGAUAUUAAAGACUUAAGAAAUUUUAAAAAUAAAAUAGAGGGCCAAGUAUUGGGGGAUGUCUUGGUAUUCAAAAUUUAG